CUGCGGAUGCAGCGUGGCAGAGGCACAGCAGGAAAAUAACUUUCCUCAUUUUGUUCACAUAAAGAAACACCGAGAAGAAGACGGAGAAGGAGAGGAGUAACAUCGUGGUGAAUUUCUCUUCUCGGUGUUUCUUUAUGUGAACAAAAUGAGGAAAGUUAUUUUCCUGCUGUGCCUCUGCCACGCUGCAUCCGCAGUGACUCACUCUCUGAAGUAUUUCUACACUGCGUCAUCUGAAGUCCCAAACUUCCCAGAGUUUGUGUCUGUUGCGUUGGUUGAUGAAGUUCAGAUAGAUCACUAUGACAGUAACACCAGGAUGGUAGAACCCAAACAGGACUGGAUGACCAUGGUCACAGGGGAUGAUCCUCAGUACUGGGAGAGGGAGACUGAGAACUGUAAUGCUACCCAGCAGGUCUUCAAAGUCAACCUUGAAAUUGCAAAGCAGCGUUUCAACCAAAUUGGAGGUGUCCACAUUGUCCAGUGGAUGUACGGCUGUGAAUGGGACGAUGAGACUGCGGAGGUUAGAGGUCAUAAUCAGUGGGGUUAUGAUGGAGAAGACUUCAUAGCAUUUGACCUGCAGACUGAGACAUGGGUCGCUCCAAAACCACAGGCUGUCAUCACCAAACACAAGUGGGAUAAUGACAAAGCUACCAUAGCACGGGACAAACUCUACUUCACCCAGAUCUGUCCUGAGUAUCUGAAGAAGUAUGUGAACUAUGGGAGGAGCGUUCUGCUGAGAACAGAGCUUCCCUCAGUGUCUCUCCUCCAGAAGACUCUCUCCUCUCCAGUCAGCUGCCACGCUACAGGUUUCUACCCUGACAGAGCCAUACUGUUCUGGAGGAAAGAUGGAGAGGAGCUUCAUGAGGACGUGGACCUCGGAGAGAUCCUCCCCAACCACGAUGGAACCUUCCAGAUGAGUGCUGACCUGAACCUUUCAUCAGUCCCAGCUGAAGACUGGAGGAGGUACGACUGUGUGUUUCAGCUCUCUGGUGUGAGGGACGACCUCGUCACCAGACUGGACAAAGCAGUGAUCAGGACCAACAGAGAGAUUCUCAUCAUCGCUGCAGUGGUUGUUCUUGCUCUUGUCCUCAUCGCUGUGAUUGGAUUCGUCAUUUAUAAAAAGAUGAACGAUAAAUAUCCUCAACACAAACUCGAGUCUUCUUCAAGUGGUUCUUCAACAGAAAGUGUAAACAGCGACACACCACUGAUCAAAUGAUUUGAUCAAUAAUGAUGUGAGACACGUGAAGCGUGAAGAGGACGGUGAACAUCACUUCAUGAGAAAUUGGCAACAUUAAACUUUAUUAUCUAUAAAGUCUCUACACAAUAUAAACAAAAGGUGCCACCUCACCACCAAGAUGGAUUGAAUAUCACUUUAAUGUAUGUGGUCUAAGAGCUGCAGUGCAAUGAGGCUUUAAAGCUGCAUUCAUCAAUAUUUGUGUGUGAAAAAUUGAUCAAAUGAUAACGUGUAAUGUGAAAGGUGACGCUAGUAGUGACGAACCCACCGAGAACUAUCUCUGAUUGAUGGAUGUAUUCUGCUCUGGAGCAAGGAGCAGAGACACACAUUGUAAUCUAGUAAUAGAUGCUCAUCAACUGGAAUACAAAGAAAACUAAUUUGAAAAAUAGUUUGACAAAUAUUUUACAAACAUUAUCAAACAGAAAUUGUGACAUUACAUUUUUUUAGAUCAUUUAGUUUCAAUUAAAAAAAAAAAAAGUGGCGUUUAAAUGUUGGUAAAUCAAAUGAGGGUUUUCU